UAUGUAUUGAGAAGGAAUUGUGGUCACGCUGCAAACAGCUGGGACCUGGCUGUAAGAGUUUGUAAAAAAUGUCCGCAACUUUAAUUAAAUGUUUUAAUUUGGCAAAAGCUGUUGGCACUGGCGCCUUCAGGAACGCACUCGCUACGUCACACAGUCAGGUGGCGGCAUGGAGCCCGGCAACUGUUGGAAGUCUUCUGAAAUGCGGUCUUCACUCGAGUGUACCACUGCAAAAUGAGAAACUAAUGGAAUUCUUCGAUGAUCCCAAGCAUUGGAGCGAAACUGAGGUGAAAGUUGGUCGAGCCUGGCGCACCGAUGAACUACGCAUUAAAUCCAAUAAGGAACUGCAUCAAUUGUGGUACAUUUUGCUUAAGGAGCGCAACAUGUUGUUCACUAUGGAACACGAAUGCAACGACAAAAUGGAAGUGUUUCCGAAUCCCGAACGUAUAGACAAAAUUAAGAUCUCAAUGGAGAAUCUGGAGACAGUAGUCCGAGAGCGCAACAAGGCUUAUCAUUUGCUCGAAACUGGAGAAACCGGCGAGCGGCCACAAAAGCAGAUUCACAAUGCAUUCGGCUUGCGUUGCAACUACAAGACAAUUGAGCACGUCCUGCCGCCGUUCAUGAACACCAAGUGGAUUAAGGCACAGCACAAUACAUACGGAGGACGUGCAGUGCACAAGUUCCUGCUGCAUUAUAGAGAGAAGCUUUACAAUGAAAAGCGCAAGGCCAAAAACCGUUCACGCAAUGAGGUCAUGAUGACGUUGAGGCGUAAUCCGAACAUUGAUUUGCAGAUGUUAAAACGCAAAUAUCCGGACGUGGACAUUGACAAGCUGCUCAGCCAAGAUAAAACUCGAGGUCACUAUGUCACCAAAGUGGAUGCUUGAAA